GUGCGUUCGUGAGCUUUGUAACGCGAUCAAGUGGCCUAAUCUAUCGUUCGAGCAGAUAUCGUGUUUAUUGUGACACAAUAAAUUUCCAUGAUGUGGGAAGUAUUUGCGUGACGAUCGUGAUCGACCAAAAUCAGUUCAAAAAUCGACAGAAACGAUCUCCAACGGAACAGUUUCAUGGCGUCUCGUUGGCCAACAUGGUUCACCCGAACGUGCCCAGCGCUACGGUCUGUUAUGAUGAGAUCAUAAUUCGUUGGGCAAAACAUAUGAGGCUGUGAAAUGCAUCGGUGAAACUAGUCAUAAAAUUGAAACGGCCGAUGAUGUGUGCGGUGCAGUUUGAAGCUAAAUCAGUAUUUUGUGGAAUUUAAAAAACUGCUUCAAACCCACUUUAAAAUCAUGACCGUGGUACUUUCCUACCACCAAAUAGUUGAAAGAGAACCGUCCCAGAUCAACAGUCGGUGGAAAUUAUGUACCGCCAUUCUGUUGCUCGUUAUCGUGUCGUCCUGUGUCGUGGUUAGUUUCAGUUUACACGGUCUAAUGGCUGAUUACAACCACAACUGCUUGUUGGGUGCCCGUUUGAAGUUCAUCGUCAAAACGAACGAAUCCCGGACGAAUGAGACCGUUUCCGCGACCGUUCCAACGUCAGUAGAAUAUGGCAUCGAUGAAUAUUGGAGCAGUUGGAGCAACGGCGCGUACUGUGAAACAUUGAAAUAUAUGCCACUGCUGCAGGGAAUCUGCUGUACCGUUUGGUUGGCUAUGUUCUUAACUCAUGGCCCGGGAGGCAUCAUGCCCAAACCCUGGCGUAUCGUGUUUCCGUCGUUGAUAUUCUUUUUCGGCUGCCUAGUGACAUCGGUAGUAACCGCCAGCUUCAUCACUCAAGGGCUUUCGGAAAUGUGUAUCGAGUUCGGCAAAGUAGACACCGGAAUGGGCUGCGCAAGACUCGUCGAUUACUUUGCCCUAUCGAAACAAACCCCCAAUCUGGUGAACCCGGACAAGAACUUUUUUCUGACCCUAAUCUUUCCCUGGAUUUGGGUUGGUGCAACCUGUUUGGGAUUUCUGGUCAGUUUGUUACGUAUAGUUUUGAUGGUCGAUUUUCAGCUCAUGCGUGUGGAUAUUUUGAAGCACGAGAAACAGCAACUGAAAGGUCCAACCCAGGACGCCGCAUCGCAGUGUGUUGAUACGGAUGAUUCUGAAGACUGAGGGAAGAAUUAAGAUAGCUACACAAUGUACAUAUAGUUAGUAGGCUUCGGCUUUGAAUAUAUAUGCAAGGGGCAAUGUUGCACAAUUAGCGUGUUGGAAUGGACUUCUGCUUAACGGUGAAUGUAAAAAACGUUUUUUGAAUGCGCUGCUUACUUCAAAUGGUG